AUGUCUUCCCCCGAUAGGUUAAAUGAUAUAGAAGUUUUGAAUCCUGAAUCGAAUAAUAAUUCCAAUUAUAAUAAUAGACCAAGAGAAAAUAAUAUAUCUUCAUCAUCGAUCUCACCAGAGGAUGGAAUGAUCGCCGAUAUGAUCAACAUUCUUGAAUUAGAUGCCAAUGCGUGUGACUCUAGAAUGCUUGUUAAUCAAUUAAUCGUCAAUGGUCGUCAAGCUUUAUCUAGAUAUGAAGAUGAUAUUGUAUUAGGUAUUUAUAACACACAGAUGAAUAAAGAUGGAAGUCAAUUACUAACUUUAUUAAAAAACUACAUCGAAUAUCAAUGGCAAUCACACACUGAUGAUUGGUUUAAAAUAUUUCUUCAUGAACAAAAGACAAAAUCACCAGCUUUAUAUGAUCGAAUCUUAACACGUACUGCUGAAUAUGGUUCGAAAUAUGUAAAAGAUUUUCCAUCACUUUUGUUAGUUGUACAAUUUCUAUUUGACUUUACUGAUCAAGAAUUAGAAGAUAAAUCAAAGUUUGAAACCAUUUGGAAAACAUUGGUUCUUGAGGGUCGACGAAGUUUAUCAAAAUUUUCUGAAGAUUUAGCACAAAGCGUGAUUAAAGAACAAUCGGAAACUGAUCAAAGUGCCUUAUCUUUAGCUUUAGGAGAAUCUUAUCAGCAACCUUUAUCAACGCUACUGGAUAUUAACGACCCUGACUUGAUUGAAAUUGCUUUAAAUUGUCUUGUUAAAUAUGGAUGGACGGAAGGAUUAAAUUAUAACGAUGUAACAUACAAAUUCUCACCAAAAAAACAUAGAGAAUUAAUCGAAAGAUUAAAAAAAUAUCUUAAAGAUAACAAUCUCGAAAUACCCGAUUCCACUGAUAACACACAACAAACCACUGACACUUCAAAUUUAAUGAAUUCCUCUAUGACACCAUCUGAUAAAACUAAAUCUACAUCGACAACGCCAAAAUCAAGUCAUCCAAAUUCCAUCAAUCCACCACCAACUACCUCUACAUUAAAAAACAAUUCAGACGAUGCAGAUUUCUUCGAUACUCUAUCAACUAUGGCAAGUUUUACCUUAGAUAAUAGUACAAAUCAAGGACAAGAUGAAAGAACAAUUAUUACAAUGUGUACUGAUGGAUAUGCAAAAUGGCAAUUAGCAAAUUUAGUUCAAGCUGGAGAGUUAAUGUUUAUUAAUCAAAAAUUUCCUGCUGUGAUCAAGAAUAUUGUCGCCGUUUAUGAUAGAGAAAGAAAUUUUACAGAAUUUCUUGAUAAAUGUCUUCAAACAAUGAUGUUUUUACUUAAACGACAUCAAAAUUUAGAAGAUUUUGCUACCAAGUUAUUUUUUAAUUAUUUUGAUCUCGACCAAUCUUCAACAUUUUCCACAUUAAAUCUGCGAAUGAUGAAAGAUAUUCUUCUACUUAAAUCUGAUUUUUCACUUUCACGAAUGCUUAUUUCAUUAUUAAGCAAACGAAAUCAUGUACCAUUUCUCCAACCAUCACUUGCAAAUAAUUCUGAUUAUCGUUUUGUUCCGGAUAUAAUUCAUGUUUGGGAUUAUUAUACUCCAACACUACUUUCAUUUGGAAUUGAUCAAUGUGAAGGAAAAUCUAUGUUAUUAAAUAAAAUUUUUAUGUCUUCGUUUGAACAAACUUCAUCAAGUAUUUAUUUUCAAGAAACAAUUGAUAUUGAUUUUGGUUAUAAUUUCAAUCCUCAUCGUUCGAUUAAUAUCGCUGAUACACAUGGAUCGAUGACAAUAAAAUUAUUACAAAAAAUUCAUGAUUUAUUUGAUGGAUUUAUUAUUCAUAUUAAUUAUGAAUAUAUUAACAAAAAUUUCGAAAUUGUGAAAAGUUUUUUAUCGAUUGCUUCACAACAAUCCAGAUAUUGUUUGCUUCUCAUUCGUGAUGUACCAGAUAAUCAAUGUUCAAAAGAAUUACCUGUGAAAUUUCCAUCAUCUAUUCAAAAAUUUAUUCUUCCGAAUAUUUCCGAUCCUAAUAAAGCACAAAAUCAACGAAGUAUUCUUAAGCUUUAUCAGAAAAUCUUCGAUGCAGAACCGCCGAAACUUCAACAUGAAAAGAAAUAUACUCAAACCUUAUUAAAAAAUUUAUUUAAUCCACAAUUUAAAGAACAAUUGCAAGAAAUUUCUCAAGUGAUUCAACCAUUAAAAGAACGAUUAAUAUUUGCUCUUCAAAAUGAAAAUGUCGUAUCGGACUCAUUUCCUAUAUAUAUAAUUUAUGCCCAACUUUGUGGUUUAAAUUUAAAAUUAGCAAGUUUUAAUUUUUAUGGAAGUGAAAAUGAUAAUGAUGUAUUUGAUGUUCAUGAGAAAAUCAAUGAACUUAAUAGAAUAUUAAAUACUAAAGGAAAAAAAACAGGAAUUAUCUUUGAUUUAUUCGUUCAAAUCUUACAAUCACCGAAUAUGUUAACAUGUUUAGAUGUGCUUGCAACUGAUUUAAAGGACGAACGUUCUCGAUUAGUACCUUUAAGUGAAAUGUCUAAACAACUUCCUGUAAAUAAAAGCUUGUCAUUAGAAGUUCUCUGGAGAAAUGCAAUGAUUUGUGGAAUACAACAAUCGGAUCAAUUACAGAACUUUCUUUAUCAACAAUAUGGGGAAUAUAUUCGAGCUGGUUAUCCAUUUGAAAUUGUUGAUGGAGAUAAUUUUUAUUUUCAUUAUAAUUUUCUUUGUUAUGCAUUAUCGUUAUUUCAUGAGAAAAAAAUCUUAGUUAUUAGUGUCAUCGGUCCACAAAAUUCAGGAAAAAGUACUCUAUUAAAUUAUAUGUUUGGGACAUUAUUUGAUGUUCGAGAUGGUCGUUGUACUCGUGGGAUAUAUGGUUCAUUUGUGAAGUCUAAUCGUCCAGAUUUUGAUUAUAUUAUGUUAAUUGAUACUGAAGGUUUAUUGGGUGUUGAACGAGAAGAUCUUCAAUAUGAUCGUCGAAUUGUUUUAUUCUGUUUAGCUGUUUCUCAUUUAGUGAUUGUGAAUACAGCUGGAGAAUUUAAUGUACCUUUUCAAAGAAUGCUUUCUCUUUGUACUGAUUCUCUUCGACAAAUGGGUGUGACACGAAUUUUUCAACCAACUGUGAGAUUUAUUUUAAAUCAACGAGCAGAUUUAAGUAGUGAAAAUAAUCGAGAAGCAAUCAAUCGAAUUGUUAGUGAUUUAAACAAAACAGGUCCAACAGUUCAUAUCAAAACUGAAUCAUUUCAUACUCUUCCAUCAGCAUUUAAAAAAGGAUCAAAUUUAGCUUCGGAUACGAAUAAAGCAAGGCCGGUGAAUACUGAAGCUGAUUUUCUUGAACGUGUUCAAUUACUUUGUGGAGAAUUGAUUCAAGCAGCUGAAUCAGUUUUAAAUCGUUCAACGGAAAUUUCUGAUCCAAUUCAAUGGUUAAAAUCUUCAUUUACAAUAUUUGAAACUUUACAAAAAUUUUCUGAUUUAACAUUUUUUCAAGAUAUUAAUGAACGUGAACAGGAUGAUAAAGUUCGAGAACAUAUUCGAAAAAAAUUAACCGAAAUAUUUUCUUCGACUUAUCGAAAUCAAUUAAUUCAAGAUUCAAUUAAAUUAAAUGAGAAAGAAAUUGAUCGAAUGUUUGAUGUUAAACAAGAACAAAUUCAAACUGUAGUUCAACAAGAUUUAGAAAAUGUUUUAAAAUUAUUAAAAGCAUCAGAUACAAUUCGAACACGAAGUAAACAAUUUUUAAAUACACAAAUCAUUUCAGCAUUUGAUGCUCUUCGAACAACCAGUAAGGUUGCAAAUGAACGAGAAAAAGUUAAAUUACUUGUUCGUGAUGGUGAAGGAGAUCUCCGACAAUUAAUUGAUGAUACAAUCAAUAGUGGAAAUCUUAUGUCUUCGGAAAGUGCUUCGAUGAAAUUUGAAACAAUGUUUCAAAAUAGUGUUGAACAUAUUCAACAUAAAUUUAUUCAGAAUGAUUUUGCUCAUAAUGCAUUGAUUUAUAUUUAUACAAAUUAUAAUAUUUAUGAAAGAGAAGGUUUACCUGAUUAUCAACAUAUAUCGAAUCAUUUAUCGGUAUUAGUUCAUUUUAAUGAAAGUCAAUUGGCAGUUCAUGAUCUUCAAGAUGAAUUUAUUCUACGUUUUACGAAAUUAGCCUAUAAAGAACAUCAACCGAUAGAAAUUCGUCCAUUUAUUAACGAUGGAAUUAAUAUAUAUUCAUUUGAACAAAUUGAUAGUUUAGUUUAUUUAAAUAAAGAAGUCUGUUAUGAUAAAUUUAUUGAAUAUUUAAAGAAAAAUUAUUCACACUUUGUUCAACAACAAGCACAAGCACAUCUUCAAAAUGCAUCGAAAGGUUCUGUUCGUCAAUUCUUUAAAGAUAUGCUAUCAAAAUUACGUAUUAAUAAUCAGAAAAAUAAGAAUUCACCAUCACAAACAAUUAUUUAUACAACAAAAUUUCUACAAGAGGUUAGACAGAAAAUUUCCAGUCAAAAACCAACAGUCAAUGCAGCAAUGAUCGAUGAAACAAAUAUGUAUUUACGUGUUUCGGAGUUAAUUCGAGAGAUAAUUCAAACAAUUUUUAAAGAAAUGAAAGGUACAGAAGAGAACGAAACACGACUUAUUCAAACUGAUUUAAUCCAAAAAAUUGUUGGUCUAAUCAAUACAUUAAUUAUCAAUGUUGAUAAUGAAUUACGCCCAUUCUGUUUAUCGCUAUCACGUCAAUUGAAAUCAAUCUUUCAUGUUUGUGGAAUCUUAUUAUUAACGGCAUUUUAUUUUUAUGAACAAAAAACACAUUUUCAACAAACAGUAGAAGAAUUACAUUUAAAAAAGGAUCAUAUGAAAGAUUAUUUUGUGCGAAUGGUUGUUUCAGAUUCUUCAGCUGAUGCAAAUUAUGCUUUAAAUCUUGUUAAACAAUUCCUUGAACACACUAUUGAAUGUUUUAAAGUCGAUUGCCAACAAUCGAUUAAGACUCAAUUACAAGAUUAUGAUUUUUUAAAUCGAAAAUGGAUGCAAGAACGAUGUGAUGGACAACUUCUAACGAAUAAUGAUAUGAAAUGGCUAAUGAAUUAUGUUGAAAAUCCUACAAAAAUUAUUGAAGAAGAAUUUAAACAAUUAUGGCAAAACAUACUCCGAACAAUUAAUCAAAAAUUAAUUGAGAUUAAAUCAAAUUAUAAUUCUGUUAUAGUCGAAUUUUUCUUUUGUUUACAAGGUGUGUUUGAUGCAUUGAAACCAUUUCGUUGUUCAUCAGCAACAUUAGUUGCAGAUAUAUUUCAAUCCCUAAAUGGUAAUGAUCUCAAUGUGAAUGAAAACUUAACUCAGAAAAAACGUUGUAUGACUGUUUUACUCCGACGUUAUCUAUCAGGAGAAUCAACUCCAUUGACUAUUGAUAUUAAGAGGAUCAUUUCAGGUGCAAGUGCGAACACUCAGAAUGUCGAGAUAAAAACAUAUAAAGUAAAAAAGGAAGCAUUUGAUGUAUUUAAAUUAUUAGCCAAUCAACGUCCACCAAGUGCUUUACUUAAAGCUAUUACAAGAGAAAUAUCUGCAGCAUACGAUCGAAUUUCUAUUGAUAAUUUUGCUGCAUUUUUACAAAAUGUUUUAAAUGAACAAGCUAAUCUUCUACAGAAAUUCAGUGAAUUGAAAACUGAUUUCAAUAGUAUGGAUAAAGAGGAUACAUAUGCUCGUUUAUUUGAUAAAGUUCGGGGUUGUCCUAACCUUUGCCCAUGUUGUAAUCGACCAUGUGAUGUUGAUCAUA